AUGACGGUGGUGUACUUCGAUUGGUUGGACUACCUCGUCUUCGGGACGAUGCUGUUGGUCUCCUCUUUGAUUGGAGUCUACUUUGCGUUCUUUGCCAGCAAGAAGCAAAAUACAACAGCCGAAUAUCUCAUGGGAGGGAAAACUAUGGGCAUUUUCCCAAUAUCAAUGUCACUCAUAGCCAGUUAUAUUUCUGGUAUAUCGUUACUGGGAUUACCGGCUGAAAUGUACACAUAUGGAACUCAACUCUGGGCUAUAGUGUUGUCUGAAUGGGUAGUGUCUGUAACGAUCGCUAUUGUUUACCUGCCCGUUUUUUAUAAUUUGCAAAUCACUUCUACUUAUGAGUAUUUGCGACUAAGGUUCAACCAAAAUGUACGCCUUUUGGGCUCGAUUAUAUUUAUCAUAAAAAUGCUACUAUACAUACCUAUAGUAAUUUACGUUCCUGCAUUAGCUUUUAGUCAAGUAACUGGUAUCAAUAUACAUAUGAUCACACCCAUCGUUUGUAUCGUGUGUAUAUUUUACACAACACUCGGAGGAUUAAAAGCAGUCGUGUGGACGGACACCCUACAAACCAUACUGAUGUACCUGGGUGUUGUUUUUGUGCUGGCUUAUGGGACUUGGAUGUUAGGAGGUAUCGGUAACGUAUUUGAAAUAAACAAGAAAGGUGAUCGACUUGAUUUUUUCAACAUGGACCCAGAUCCUACCAUUAGGCAUACGUUUUGGAGCACUGUGUUUGGCAACUAUUUCAGUUGGUUGGCUUCGUGUAGUGUCAACCAAGCGAUGGUACAACGCUGUCUUGCAUUGUCGACGUUAAAGAGAGCUCGCAUAACAAUAUUUAUAAUGGCUGCGGGUAUCUACAUAAUCGUAUCACUGAGUUGUUACACUGGACUGGUGAUAUAUGCCACUUUCGCGGAAUGCGAUCCACUUUCUACUGGAGCCAUUAAGAAAAGCGAUCAACUGCUCCCUUAUUUUGUGAUGACCAUCACAGGAUCAAUACCAGCCCUUCCAGGAAUUUUUAUGAGCGGAGUUUUUAGUGCAGCAUUGAGCUCCAUGUCAACCGGGCUUAAUUCAAUGUGUGGGGUGAUUUUCGAGGAUCUAAUAAGACCAGCUUAUAAUAAACCUAUUUCUGAGAAGACUGCCAGUUUUAUAAUGAAAAUUAUCGUUGUUGUCAUAGGAGCAACGUGUGUCGCUUUGGUGUUCCUUGUGGAGCAUAUGGGAGCUUUAAUUCAAGCGGGUAAAAGUUUGUCGGGUAUCACUGCUGGAAGUCUGUUAGGACUGUUCUCAAUGGGACUCUUCUUGCCUUGGGUCAACGCAACGGGUGCAUUAGUAGGAGGUGUGACGUCGACUCUCCUCGUUGGCUGGAUAUCUUUAGGUACCCAAGCAGCUAUGAUGCGCGGUGAUAUAGUGGUAACUCCGAAACCAGUAUCAAUCGCAGGAUGUUCUAAUAUCACCACGAUGGCAACGCCACUGCCAUCUAUACGCCAUGGUGUUGAAUUCGAUAGGUCGGGUACGUUUUUCCUAUACAGACUCAGUUAUUUAUACUACACUUUGGUGGGGAUGACGGUAUGUGUAAUCAUAGGAACAAUCGUGUCAUAUUUCACGCAGCCGAACGAUCCAGCCAUGGUUCAUCGUGAUUUAUUGACUCCAAUUAUUCAUCGGUGGCUGCCUGCUCAGGACCCACGCACUCGCCGCCCUCGUCUAACCCAGCAUGACAUUGAGAUGCACGCGCGUGAUCUCGAACGACUGCGUGCUCAGUCACCUUACAUGAAAGUCAGUAGCAGCCACGACGUAGACUGUGUGAAUAGAAGAAGAUUAAGUAGCCAUUACGAUAAUAUCGGAUAA